GUCCAGAUGUUCUCACUCUGACCAUCGGGUCAGACAUCGCUCGUGCUCCUAACACCCCCCGGCCGGGGUGUCGGGGUUACCUUCACAAACGCACCCAGUCUGGUCUGAUUAAAGGCUGGAGGAAGAGGUGGUUUGUUCUCUCACACGACUCCUGUCUGUGCUACUACCGUCACAAACGGGAUGAAGGAAAGAGACAAGCUCUGUCCGCGGUGAAGCUCGAGGGAGCCGAGGUCGGACAAGACGUUUCUCUGGGAAAACCUUUUGUGUUCAAAUGUCGCCCCCUGUCUGUGAAUCGAGUUUUCUUCUUCUGUGCUACGUCCAACCAGGAGAUGAAAAGGUGGCUGGAAGCGAUGGAGCGAGCGAUUCAUCCUAUUGCACAGAACCACGUGUGGGUGGACGUCACCAGACACAACUCAAGUCUGCCCCCGCUGGCCAUGAAGAGCCCAGAGUGUCUUGGUUUGCUCCACAAAAUGGACAGAGACACGUGGGCUCAACAUUACUGCAUCCUGAAGGACGGAUGUCUUUACUUGUACAGCGGCAUCCGAGCUACUCAUGCACACGGUGGCAUCUACCUGCAGGGCUACACUGUUCGAGAGCAGCCGUACGGAUCCAAGAAGUCCACCAUAGAGCUGAAACCUCCGUCUGACGAGUUCAAGACGUUUUACCUCAGUGCCGAAAACCCCAACGAGAACAAACG